AUGCCAUCUGGAUCCCGGAAGCGCGUGUCAGGUGCGGUGGAUGAUUUCAUCGAUGGUGGACAAUUUCCGCCUAAGAGGGCCAAGAUGGAAAAAUCGAAGAGAGACACUGAGGCAGCACAUCAAUCCAUAGGAAGUGCACAGAAUUGGAGACUUGACGCAAGUGGUGACAAAUUCUGGGAGCUUUCGAAGAUGCGCCGCGUCACUGUAUCUUCCUUUCGAGGCAAGACUUUCAUCAAUAUUAGAGAAUACUACGAGAGGGAUGGUCAAGAGCUCCCAGGAAAGAAGGGUAUCUCCUUACCAAUUGAUCAAUUUUCCUCCCUUGUGACAUUGUUACCUGACAUUGAGACUGCAUUGAGGGAGAGUGGUCAAUUCAUAUCACGACCAGACUACGGUGGGGACGAUGGUCAGGCAGAUGAGGUUCCCAGAGAUGGGACAGAACCUAGCAUGGGGGCCGACGUUGUGUACUCUUCUAGAAAGAACAUUGACGCCACGAGCGAUGAGGAUGAAAGUGAGGAAUAG